AUGGAGAGCCGCAUCUCGCCCACCGAGGCCCUCCGCGGCUCCAUCCGAUACUGGAAUGACUUCAUCUCCAAAUGCCUGACAAAGCGCCUCGAUGCCGGCCCCUUUGAGGACUACGUCAAGCUCGUCUUCGCCAAGCAUCAGCUCACCCCCGACAUCAUCGCCGACUUCUUUCUGCAGCCGCAAAAGUCCAAUUGCGUCAGCCCCGACCCGCGAAUCCCCCCGUACAUCUCCGUGCUUACCCAGCUACGAUACGUCGACGCGGCAUCCAUCCUCCGAGCCCUCUAUAGAUACUCCUCGCUGCAUUCGCUGAUACCGCAGCAGGCGCAGGAACAAGGAAAAGAGCUGGGGCAAGAUCAAGAACAAGAUGAGGGCGGAAUUCAGCUGGAUGGCGAGACGAAGAAAGAUGGCACCCAGCCAUCCCAAACCCGCUGGAAAAGCUCAUCCUGGCUCGAAGAGGUCAUGUUCUACCAUGUCAUAAGGCUUGUGGUGGAAGGCACUGCUCUCAAGGACUCUCGUACAGCAUUGGAACUCAUGCACAUCAUCUCUAAGUGGAUGUCCUUGUUCUCCGCCGCGUCGAACUCCAUGGCGGCCGACAUGCUAGCCGGCGGCCUGCAAGAUCCGCAGGUCCGUCAUGAGAUGGAGGUCUCAAGAGCUGCCUUUGUCCCUUUAUUGCUUCGACUCGUCGACAACCCGGCUCUUGUUAAGGCCAUUAGUCACCCGGCUGGUAAAGAGCCUCGAAAAAAUUUCUCAGAGAGCCUCACAUCUUUUGUACAAAUUUUCCAACCUGUCCCGCAAUUUGUUGAGAAGCUUGAAAUAUUCAGGACAGAGGUCCUGGCCCCAUUGGACCCGGUGGAUAAGAACAAUCAAGCCGCCAAUGCUGCAAUGGACGAACUACUAGACUCUACCGUGGGCUUGGAUAGCCUGGUGAUCUCGGAUUUGCCCAUUACCAAUACACGGGCAGGCCUAUACAUAUACCUUGGCGCUUCUCUCGUUGGCCGACCAUUGAUAGACGACCAUGCAUUAUUUUCAUAUCUGAAUAACAGAUACCAGGGAAAUACUCAACAGAGCGCAAUUGAUUUGAUAUUGGCGUCUUUCGACUUGCUUGCAAAUGCCGUCUUCAGAAAUGAAGGCCCCAGAGAUGCCCACCUAUUACGGUCCUUCUUGAUAAACAAGGUGCCCCUGAUACUCGGUCAAAUUUGCCCUCCCGGCUUUGCGACGUCUGCCGAGUUCUGCAUUACCGAGGCCCUUUCUCAGGUCGACACAAGCGUGUUUCCUACCGCGUCGCUAAUGUUUGAUGAAUCACGCAAUAACAACCCGUACACAGAGAGCGUUCGAGAAGAGUUUUGUUCGGCUUGUGCCCUCCAUGGACUCAUAGAACGCGAACAUGUGGAGCGGAUCCUGGGAGAAAGCUCAAUGUCAUACGAGCCCUCCCAAGAAAAAUACUCCAAGGAAAAGCUGGUUCAGAGCUGUCUAUCUGAUCCGGACAAGAUACAGGCCCUUAUUCGCGACAUGGAUAAGAUGGAUGGCAAUGUAGGGGCUGUAUGCCAGGCACUUGUCGAGUUAUUGCGUCAACUAUGUAAUAGCAAGGAGACAAUGUCCUUGAAGAUCCUUUGCAGCCAAUUGGUCCAGAAGCCCCAGUCCCUGGACGUGCUCCUCUUGUUUGAGAAACUACCAACUGUUUUGGAACCCAUUUGCCAGCUUUUGGACGGUUGGCGUUAUGACGAAGACCAAGGAGAGUAUCAGCCCGUCUACGAAGAAUUCGGUGCCAUUCUGCUCCUGGUGCUGGCCUUUGCCUACCGUUAUGGCUUGUCUCCAGCCGACAUUGGCAUCCUGUCAGCAGACUCAAAUGUUGCUAAAAUCAUCGGCCGAGCUCAUAUCAGCCUCAACUUGGAUCAGUUAACGGAGCAGGAACACGGACAUCUGGGUGGAUGGAUACAUGGGCUUUUCGACAGCGAUGCAGGAGGCCUGGGAGAUGAUUUGAUGUCAUCUUGCCCGCCUGCAGAAUUCUACCUCCUCAUUGCGACGCUCUUUGAAAACAUUGUCAUUGCAUAUAGCCAGGGCUCCCUGACCGAUGACGCCCUUAGGUCAGGUAUUGAGUAUCUGGUGGACACGUUCUUACUGCCAUCGCUGAUCCCGGCGAUCCGAUUCUUGUCUGAGUACCUCUGGGUCGAGCAGAGGGAGCAGAAAUCCAUUAUUAAAAUUUUGCAACUCAUCUUGUUGCCUACCUCUAUUUCUGGCGAAGCAAGCACCAUGCUUACCGCGGUCAAGGGAAUAGUUGCGAAGCCCUUGGAGCAUUCACUGCGAGCAUACCAACGACAGGAUCCAAAGAAUCAAGACAUUGAGCCAUUGCUGAGGGCUCUGAAGGAUAGCUUGCCCACUUCUCGGCGAACGGGGGCUGCUGAACAUCAGGAGCUGGAAACGUGGGCAACCAGUUCCAGCAGCGGCCUAUCGGGGGCCACCAAACACUUAAUCCAGGCCCUCGUUCAGUGGUGCAUCCAUCCAGAAAUGACGGCCAUGCCAACUUCGUAUACCCACCGGCAGAUUAUUGCAACGCUCAAAAUUGUGGGCGCGAGCAGGCUUCUUCGGGUCAUGUUGGAGGAAAUCCGCCAGCAGAUGCUGACGGGCAGCGGCAGUGUUGUUUACGAUGUGGUCACAGCAUUGGUUUGCGCACCAAACGUAAGCAAUGAUCUCCCACCGACCAGUGGACUGUUGGAUGAAGCAGGAAACAUGCCGCCGCCACUACAGCGACGUCUCACUCUCCGAGAAGUCUUGAAGAUGGAAGCCGAGGACUAUCGGAAGCUGCACAAGAAGGACGCCGAGCUGGCAGAAAUUGUGGUUCGCCUUUACCGGAGAGUGGAGGCGCAGAUGGUGCUGCCGCCGCCGCCGAUGUUGCAGGCGGCUGAUAUGCAGCUAGACUUGGCUGGUGACGCGGCGAGCUUGGUGGGAGAUUCCAUGGCCGCGGCUGCUGGAGUUCCGGGCGACGGCACGCUUUCGAUUGAUGGCGUCGGCGGCCUGGAUAUGGGCAUUGGCGGCGUUACGUCUGACUUGGGCUUGGGGGCGGCUGGGAGCAAUGGCGGGCUGGAUGCGUCGGCAGAGGCGGAUCUGUUUGGCAGCCUCGACACUGAUAUGGAUGUGUUUGAUGGAUGGGGUGGCAUGGAUCUUGGAGGACCAUGA